GUGAUCCGUUCCAACAAAAUUUUACAACACCGCUCCUUCCCUUCUCCUUCUACCAAAACCACCACCACUCACUCUUUCGCCAUGGCCGAAGUGAAAAAAGCGAAAACCCCGAAGGACUUCGCCAGUUAGUUCUCGGUCACCAUGCCCCCGCUAGCCUGCUCACCGUGCAUAUAGUCGACUUCAUGAUGGGUGGUGUUUCCGCUGCCGUCGCCAAGACCAGCGCGGCUCCCAUUGAGCGUAUCAAGCUGCUCGUACAGAACCAGGACGAGAUGAUCAAGCAGGGUCGUCUGUCCUCCCCUUACAAGGGCAUUGGUGAUGCGUUCAGCCGUACAUACAAGGAUGAGGGUCUGGUCUCCCUGUGGCGAGGCAACACCGCCAACGUCAUCCGUUACUUCCCGACGCAGGCUCUCAACUUCGCCUUCAAGGACUACUUCAAGUCUUUGUUCGGCUUCAAGAAGAACGAGGGCUACUGGAAGUGGUUUGCUGGCAACCUUGCAUCCGGUGGUGCGGCUGGUGCCACGUCCAUGCUGUUCGUUUACUCCUUGGACUACGCCCGUACCCGUCUUGCCAACGACGCGAAGUCCGCCAAGGGUGGUGCUCGCCAGUUCAACGGUCUCGUCGAUGUCUACCGCAAGACGCUUGCCUCUGACGGUAUUGCCGGUCUCUACCGUGGAUUCGUCCCGUCUGUCGUUGGUAUCAUUGUCUACCGUGGUCUCUACUUCGGUGUCUACGACUCGCUCAAGCCCGUUCUCCUGGUUGGCUCUUUCGAGGGCUCUUUCCUUGCUUCGUUCUUCUUGGGCUGGGGUGUUACCACCGGUGCUGGUCUUGCUGCUUACCCCUUGGACACCAUCCGUCGUCGCAUGAUGAUGACGUCUGGAUCUGGUGAAAACUACAAGUCCAUGUUCGACGCUGCCUCCCAGAUCAUUGCCAAGCAGGGUGCCAAGUCCCUUUUCAAGGGUGCUGGUGCUAACAUUCUCCGUGGUGUCGCUGGUGCCGGUGUCUUGUCCCUGUACGACAAGCUCCAGGAGAUCAUGUUCGGCAAGGUCUACUCCGGUGGAUCCGGCUAAACAUCUCCCAUUUGGGUGGACGGUCAUGGUGUUGGUCCCUGUUCAUAGCUUUGCGCCCUACGAAUACAAUAACCUAGACGAUAUACUCCUUUUUAUUAUUCCUUGUGGGCGCAUACAUAAUACCAAAACCAUUUUGCGGGGAAA